AUGUCUAAUCUACCAACAAUCUCCAUCCUCCCCGCAUCCCUAGAAGAUGCGCCAUCACUAACCCGCAUCCACGGCGAUGCAUUCAAAGACUCCGCACUCACCGACCUCAUGUUUGGUCCUCCGACAGAAGAUAACCUAAAUGGCUUCACGGGCCAGCUCGCGGAGCUCAUCGCAGGCGAUAAAACAACAAGAUUCAUCAAAGCCGUCGACAACGAUACGAAUAACAUCGUAGGCUGGAGUUGGUGGGAUUUCCACCCCGAUUAUGAGUCACGAGUGAAAGGCUCGGAGGCUUUCGCGAAGAAUCAUGCCGAUCCACCUGAGUCUGCUAUUAGUCCUGAGGCGUAUAAGGAAUAUUUCCGGGGGGUAGAGGUGAGACGGGAGAAGUGGGUUGGUGAGAGGCCGGUUGCUUUUCUCAGAGUCCUUGUCGUUCUCCCUGAGUAUCAGAGGAAAGGGAUUGGUGCGAAGCUUAUGACACUGGGGCUGGAAGAAGCAGCGGCUCAAAAGCUUCCAGUCUGGUUGGAAUCUUCAGAAGAGGGAUACGCGUUAUACAAGAAGCUGGGUUUCAAGGAUCUUAACGAUAGCAUUGUGAUUGACUUGGCCAAGUACGGAGAGUCAGGGAUAACGACGACGGCGUGUAUGCUGUUGGAGAAUGGCAGCUCUUGA